AUGAAGUUGGAGGCUUUGGAGGCGGUCUUCGCCCAGACUCACUACCCGGACGUGUUCACCCGGGAGGAGCUGGCCAUGAAGAUCAACCUGACCGAGGCCAGGGUGCAGGUUUGGUUUCAGAACCGCAGAGCAAAGUGGAGGAAGACGGAGCGAGGGAGCGCAGACCCUGAAGGAGGAAAAGAGCAGAUGAGUGAGGGCACUCCUCCAUCUCGCAGCAUCAACUCUCAAUCCCCAGUGGACCACAGCAGAAAACAGAAAGAACCUCUGGAGAUGCAGCAGAGUAUCAACAGGACAGUGGGUCCAAGUGGUCCGUUCUUCCCAUCUUGUAUACCAGGGACACUCCUCAACUCUGCCACCUACGCUCAGGCCCUCUCACAGGUUGCCACACUGAAAGGUAAUGGUUUGUGCUCCUGCUGUGUUUCCGACCCCAUGGGCUUGUCCUUCCUGCCACCCUAUGGUUGUCAGGGCAACCGCACAGCCAGCGUGGCCGCCCUGCGCAUGAAGGCCCGUGAGCACUCGGAGGCCGUGCUGCAGUCUGCCAACCUGCUCGGUGCGGCGACUGGACCUGCCGCCGGCAUGGGAGUCCUGCCUGGAGUCGGCGUGAGCUCAGCCGGGGUGGUAAGGUCUGCAGUGGGUCCUGCCAUCGAGGUGGGAAGAGGAGGAGACAGCUCCAGUCCCGGCCCGGCCACCAAGGUCCCAGUCCUGAGCAGCAGUCCUGACAAACACCCUCACUGUUCCAAGGAACCACUGGAGAAAAAGUGAGGCGUAGGACAUAAACAUGGACGUACUGAUGCUCUGUGUGAUCGUGCCUGUUAUUACUCCUCUACUCAUCCUAUGAGCAACUAAGCACAACUACUGAGUGACUCCAGAAAAGGCCUGGGAAAGACUUUACUGAUAUCACAAUGUAUGGAUGCAAACAUUAAAAUAUUUAUUUGACAGUAAA